UAGUGCUGAAGCAUUGCAUAUGGCAUGAAGGUAAGGCUACCUAGGUAUGCGAGCCCAACUUCCUUUACCCAAGCAAAAAUUUGAAGCGAAAGGUAUCCCCGCUAUGGCGGUAUAGCUAGGCCUAAUAUCUAGGUAAAUAAGCCCCUUUGUGUAAAAAAUACAUUGUGUGAGGAUUUCUUUUGUCACAUCUUAACUAGGUAUCUAGUCAUUGUUCUUGUACAACCGGUGACAGUGCUAUUGACUUACAACAUCCCUUUGACAACAAGAUAACAAUUUAUUACACCAAAGGAAGCUACAGUAGUAUUGGAUAUCCUAGUUAGUCCCGCGACGCACAGGAGAAAGAGUCGGUAAAGAGAAACCCGUGAAUAACAUACCUAGGUGGAUUUCUCUUCAUCUCAAGACUAUAGCCCCUUCCAACUUUGGUGACUUUGGAAAUGAAAGAUUUUUCGUGAUAUGACCAAGUAACUUCAUUGAUCUCUAUCCGAACCACAUGCUGCCUUGUUCCAGACAAACCCAUUGUCACCGUCUGAGGUAUUCUGUCCAUUUAAACACCCAGUUAAGUCCUCACCUCUCUUCGAGCCAGAUGCUCUAGGUUGAAACAUUAACAGCAGGGUCUCUCGAUUUCCAAGCCAACCUAAGCUGGCGAAUUUCCAACUUCCACUCUCGACAUAUCUUCCUGGGAAAGAUAGUGCGAACGAGAGACGGAAAAAAAAAGCCCACAAUGGCGCGACCGCCGGUGGUAGAGCUAUGGCAUCAAAUCAAGACAGCCAUCAAAUGGAGUAACCGGAUCAUCCUCAUCGCCGUAUACAGUGCUCUCAUAAUCGCACUCAUCAUAGUAUUCCGGGUAUGGGUCGGCAGGUUCCUCGGGUUUUUACGGGGGGUCAUGAGAGAUCUGCGCGAUAUCAUCGUCGCCGUACUCCAAGAACUACCGGGUUUAUGGAACCCCAUAGAACAGAUAGCCGUCGGCAUGGCCGAGGGUUUACCCAGAGCCAUCGGCCUGGCCAUCGGUGGCAUGGUGUUCAUUAUGAAUCUGUUAGUCUUCUUAGUGGCGCUGUAUUUUAUCACUGGUAGGACAAUCAAGGAUCUGAUGGAUCCGCCAGUACCGAUACCCUGGGAGGAAGAACGUCGUAUAGGCCAGAUCUUUCACUGUUCACAGCUGGAGAGUAGGAUACGGUAUCGAUACAAAAUCGACGGUAGCGUCAUUAGAAUACCGGAUUGGAUAUACGGAUGAGUCGUUCUGGAGUGUACGGUGUAGUAUUUGAGUAUGUAUCAUCGGAUAGGAUAGAUAAAAUAGGGUAUAUGAAGGAAAAGAAAGUAAAUUUAAAUGCCCCCCAUAUGAA